AUGCUUUCCAGCGCCUUCUUCCUCGUCUCGGCCGCCACUGCCGCCUGGGCCAUGCCCGCCCAGUCCUUGGAAUCCCCCGAGAUGCUCCAGGUUCGUGCUGUACCCGCCUCUGUGAACGGUAUCUGUGGUGCCUUUAACGGCUCUACUACUUGCCUUGGCACUGGAUACGGAAACUGCUGCUCCCAGUUCGGUUACUGCGGCAAGACUGACCUCCACUGCGGUACUGGCUGCCAGACUGGCUUCGGCUCUUGCGGUACCCAGCCAACCCAGGAGUUCAAGGACCUGGGCUGCUUCACCGACAGCACCAGCGCCCGCGUGCUUGGCAGCUCGCUCAACAUCGCCGGGAACACACCUGCCAAGUGUAAGGCUGGCUGCGCCGAUGCCGGCUACACCUACGCUGGUGUCGAGUUCGGUAGCCAGUGCUUCUGUGGAGCUGCCCUCCAGCAGACUCUGGUCCCCUCGACCGAUUGCAACUACGCUUGCCCCGGUGACAGUGCCCAGACUUGCGGCGGUUUCAACGCCAUCCAGAUCUUCUCUACUGUGCCUACCUGGGUUAGCCUCGGAUGCUACUCUGACGCCACCAACGCUCGUACUCUGAGCAAGUCGCUGAACAUUGCCGGUAACACCAACAAGAAGUGCCAAGACGCCUGCCUUGACGCUGGAUACAAGUACGCCGGUACCGAGUUCGGCAACCAGUGCUUCUGCGGCAACACUAUCGACAACGCCGGUGCCCCCAUUGCCCAGAGCACCUGCAACAAGGCCUGCGCUGGUGACUCGACCACCACCUGUGGCGGCCCCAACGCUCUUACUCUCUUCUCUCUUCUGUGA